AUGUUUCACCAGCUUUCCCUCCUGAACGUCUCAAAGCAAGCAUCAGCAGCAGCAGCGAGAAGAAGAACGGCUGCUGCAGCUCGAGGGAGCGAGGCUGCGAGGGGCGACGGCCGUUUCUCCAGAGAGGAAGAGCUCGAGCUCGAGCUCGACCUCCUGUCCCUUCCGGCAGUAGCCAGAAUUCUAGCUGUGUGGUACAGUGUAGGGAGAACAGAGCCCUGGCAGCAGAGCACUGAAGUUGAGGGGGGAAAGCAGAAAAUGGACGCGGCAGGUACCUCCAAGAGAGGUCGUCGUCCUCCUACCAAGCCACAGAAGCUCAAGUUCAAGCCGAAAGUGCCGUCGCGCAAGCCAAAGAAACCACCUGCACAAAAGCCACAACUGGAAGAGACAAAACCAAUUGAUGAAGAGUUAAUGAAGACACUGAGGACGGGACGAGGAGAUGCAAAAACUUUGCGAGUUAUAAAAGAUGAGCAAUCGGCACAGAAUUCCGACUCGAAGACGCUUUCUUCUGCAGCUGGAGUUAGCUUCCAAGCGGCGCAGUCAGGAAAGCACAAGCAACCAAAAAAUUCUCAGGCACUUCAAAUCCCUAGGGCCUUCCCUGCCAAUCCAGAAAGGUUCUACGGUGAUGAAGAUGACGAGGACGAAGAUGAUGAUAAUGUUGUUCGAGAAGAUGACAAUGAUGUUGAGUUACCGGAGUCUCUCCCAAGCUCAACCGAAUGUGAAUCUUCCAUCCAUCCAGCGAAAGAGCUCAAUCUGCUCGUAGGCUUCUCUGAACCCUACACCAAUUACCUUGAUACUGUCAGGCACUUAUAUAACUCGUUCACAAAUUUGGGACGACAGGAACACGAAGACAAGACAAGGAUGUUCUUGUUCCAGUUGCCGAAAUCUCUUCCUCUGCUCAGAACACCAUCCACUGUAGUUCAUAGGAAUGGAAGGGCCAUUGUCAAGGAGGUGAAAGAAGGGUACAACCUGAAUGAUCUGCCAGGGGGGUACAUGGGCAAGAUGCUGGUGUACAAGAGCGGCAAGGUCAAGAUGAAGCUGGGAGAUGCCGUGUUCGAUGUGAGCCCAGGCACGGAAUGCGGGAUGCAGCAGCACGCAGUAGCGGUGAACACUAGAAGGAAACAUUGCUGCCAGCUUGGGGAGAUCGAGAGGCAGCAUGUCGUGGUGACCCCGGAUGUCAACUCCCUGCUGAAUGACAAUAGGGACUAG